AAUGAGUCAAAGAGUUAAUUUUGUCAAUUUCAGCCAACUCUACGGAUUCCAACCACAUCUUUACAAAAAUGGGACGUUAAAUCAAUAAGUAAUAAUUUUGCAAUCAAUAAACGUUACAUCACAGACUUCAAAUUAUCCGUAAAAAUGCAGUUUUCUAAGGAUAAAGAUGUGUGCCUCUGUCCCUCAAUAUCUCAUCCGUGUUAUCCGACAUCGUCGUCGUCUUCGUCCCAUUCAUUCGUCAAGGACGUUUGUUCAAAAUAUUACCAAGAGAUCGGAGCGGAAAUGAUUAGCAAUCAGCUGAUUAUCAGAUUGGAGAAAGAUAAAAACAAAUCGAAAAAGAAACAGAACAAGUGGGAUCCACCUUGCGAUUGCGUAGAAAUUCAAAGACCGACGGGCAAAACGGGUCCUAAAAUAAUCAAUGCAGAUUAUGACGAUCGUAUUGUAUUUCGCGUUCACUCGGCAGUCCGUCUCUCUGAAAAGGAAGAUUCUUAUAAAUCGCAAACACUCGCUUAUAAAAUCGGAUCAUGCAAAGACGGACAGGAUGCUGUGAACCACCAAUGCAAAACCAUCACUGUCUAUCCUCAAUACAACACGGGAACGCAGGAAGUGUACACCGAUCAUGUAAGAGAGGGCGACCAGGAUGUUUUCUUACUAAGAAUUAAAAAGAAAGCAGAAUAUUCCGAACAGAAAAACAGGAACGUCGAACUUGAACUCAGAACACCUAAGCCACCUCCGCCACCUGAACCUGUAGUUAUACCUCAAACCGUUGUCGAUGUAGAACAUGUAGAAAAAGAAAAAGAAUUGAAUGUAGAAGAAGAAAUUACAGAGCAGCCAACAAGUGUAAAAAAAAGAAAAAAGAAACAAAAGAAGAAAUGCGCGGAUCGAGGGAUCUCGAAACCACCGUUUUUAUAUUGCGGUUACCGCGCUUUUGUGCGCCCUGAUGUCCACAAUGGGCCUCAGAGGGACCCCCGCGGAGAGAAGAUCUACGGCAUAGCAGGAUUGCUGAUUGGCUGGUUCCCCUGUCAACAGUUAUGGUAA